AUGUCCGCAGAGCCGUCACCAAGCAUCAGCCUGCCGGGCACCCUCGCCUUCCUCAACAUCGACGUGCUCCUUGACAUCCUAGCCCUCCUCCCACGCCGUGCAGUGGCGACGCUCAGCAGGACCUGCCGCGCACUCCACACAUUCUGCCUCCGUCCGCUUUUCGCGGCGGGACCCAUUAUCCUCCGCGCCCACUCCCUCGCCGCAUUCCAUGCAGCGCUCCGCCUGAACAGGCCCGAUUCCCGCGCACCCAUGGUGACGCACGUCGUCGUCAGGUGCUCGCUCGCGCGCCCGCCCUUUCAUGCUCCGGCACGUGUGGAGGGGUGCGGGCAACCCGCCUCUGUGGAAGAGCUCCUCGAAGACAUCUUCCGACAUACGCUCAACAUCCGUCGCCUCGAACUCGACUGGGGCGCCGCCAUCGCCAUCAGCUGCGUCCCAAAACCAUCUCUGCCCCCAUCCGACUCCUGCGCCACCGCAGUCCCCCGUGUGUCCCCGUCCAGCACGCCACCAACUCUCUCGCACCUCGAAGACCUCCACGCGCCCUUCGUCUCCGAGCCGCUCUGGGCGGCGAUCGUCCGCACGCGCGCCCCCUCCGCCGCCUCCGCGCCAACGCUGCUGCUUGCACCCUUCAGGGAGACGCUCGAGGACGUCGACCUGGCCGUUGUCCACUGCGCCGACCCGGCGGACACUCAGCUGGGUGCAGCCAUCGAGUUCCCCAGGGUCCACCGCCUGGCGCUCGCGGACACGUACUGCGGCACGCUCCGCGGCGCGUUCGUGCUGGGUCCGGCCAUGCGCGCGUUCCCCGCGGUCACCGAGUUCGCGCUGAGCGCGACGAAGGCGACGCCGGCACCUGAGCACUGGCACGCCGCCACGCCGCCGGCGCGCGUGGCGGCGAUGGAGUGGUGCCGCGCCGCAAACGCGCGCAUACAGGAAGACGGGCACGGACGCGGGGGGUGGGACGGCCUCGCGCGCGUCGUCGCGGGGACUGUCGCGGAUCUGUACAUGCUCGGGUUGCGGCGCGCGGUGCGCGCGGUCGCCGUCGACGCGCUCUCGGCGGACACGCUGUGGAUGCUCGGGCCGGCGCUCGCGGACGCGCGGCCGGAGAGGCUGGCGCUCGUGGUGUUCGCGCGCGCGGACGUCUUCGCGGCGCUCCCGGAGGUGGUGAGCGCGGGCGUGGGCACGGCGAGGCUGCGCGCACUCGAGCUCGCGGUGCGGUGCGACGCGGGGUGCGAGCUCGACGCAGAAGGGCUGAUGACACAGCUUGCCGCGAUGCUCGCGCCGCUCCGUGUGGAAGAGGUCGUGCUCCGGCUGCUCGCGGAAUCUCGCAGGCGUGUAAUCGCCGUGACCUACCGCGGCCCGCAGCGGUGA